AUGGCCUCCCAGGCAGCUAUAUUCGCCGAAACCAUUGCUGGCAUGAAAAAGGCUGUUAAGAGAAAAGCAUACGGUACGGCAACACCCCUGUGGCCCGACCAAUCUGCGAGAAUCUUGCUAAUCGUACCCUGCGAUGUAGACUCCGAUUCCGACAGUUCGGUCGAACAGCUUAUGAACCGAGGGAAUAAAUUGAGAAAGAGGGCGAGAUAUGUCCAUGACGGUCAAUUGGCUCCACCAACAGGCCCUCAAGUUUACAAAAGGAGAAUCGAACACGCCGGUUUUCAGCGGGAUAUCAUAAGUCGAAACCCCCCACUGGUUGACGAGGAUGGUUACGAGGUUGAUAGCGAGGAUGAUGACGAAAGGGCCCAGGCUGCGAUGGCUGCAGCUGCAGAGUUUGACCCUUAUGCGGACGUGAAGAUUGAACACCUUCUCGCGCCGUUGACAGCUGCAUCCGAUUUACCUGACCAUCCGACCCUGUCAAAACCUUUCCUAUCAAAUACCCUCACUGAAUUAACUCGACAAGCAUGCGAGAUGGUACAAAAAGAGAAGGCUUCGCUAUGGAGAAUCAAACAUCUGUUAACAAGGCUGAGCGGCGAUGAUACAUGGAUUCCCUGCGAGACUGUAGAGACCGAGGACGACAUUCUCCUCUUCGGCGAUGAUCGGGAUAUGCUCCGAGGCAACCAUGGAAAGUCAAUUGUCAAGGAUGAUGGAGAGCAUCUGUCAACUGGCACAUUAAUAUCAGACGAAGCGGUGCAGCAAGCCGGGCUGCUGAUUGCGGAGGCCGAACAGCCCGUGGAAGCAGUGCUUGACGCGGCAAAAGAGGCGAUUAAAAAUACCGCAACUGAAACAGAUAUAACUAUGACAUCCGCGACGCAAACACCUGACGCAGAUGCUGGGCCAAAUGAACGAAAUAGCAAACUGAAAGAGCUGCAGGAAGGCGAUGACCAUUCGAAGAAAGCCGAAGAAACACCGGAUACCAGUACAAAGGCCCCUGAUGAUGGAUCAAUGGAAGUGGAAGAAGGAGCGAAAGCUUCAGGGCAUGAGGGAACCACCGGAAAACAAGCACUGGAGACCGAAGCCAUCGGUGCAGACGAAGGGAUGGAAGAAGAGGAUAUACCUGCUCCUCAUCGCAUGCGAACACGAGCUCAAGCACAAGCUGCUUCAGACAACACUACAACUAGUAGAACACGGUCCGCGACUCCCGAUUCUAGCAUUGAACCCUUUGUACAUCCAUAUUUCCUGGCGCCACCGAAUUCGCAUCCAGAUCGGGACCUUGGAUUACCGAAACACGAGGCGGAGGAAACUAGGAGACUAUUGCAACUGUAUAUACAGAAGCAGGAGGAAGUCUGCCGGGGCGCGCAAAGCGUUUAUGAAGGUCUGCUUAAGGCUGAUCGCUAUCGACAUUUGGUCAUGAAAUGGGCAAAAGCCGAAGCCCACGUUGGUGCCAAUCGCGAUAUGUCUGAUGGCGAAGACUGGUACGACAAAGAGGAAUGGGGGCUGGAUGAGGAUCUCAAGAAGGGACAGGACGAAGAAGAGGAAGAUGCUGCAACCACAGCCAAAAAGACGAGGACACGGCGGCAGUAG